UUCUUUUUCUGAUCAACCUUAUCGGCUAAGGCGUGUGUAUUAUUGACGCUGGAUAAGAAGAAAAAGGUACAUCAGGAAGAAUGGUUUCGAGAUAUGGCGUCUCGAAGGAGGGCGCAGUGGGUGUAGCCGUAGGUGUAGGACCUAUGCACUGUCUCUUACCACAUUGUGGAGGGUCUCAUCACCAUCACCAUCUUUCGGCCCACCAUCCACAAAAUCCACAGCCAGGUCACAAUCACCACGUGCAUCCGGCCCAUCAGCCACCACCCUCGCCGAGUUCCCACUUGAAUCAUCAGCUGAGCCAUCAUCAAUUGACUGUUAACAUUAACCAUCUGAGUCAUCAACAGCAACAACAGCAACAAACCCAGCAUCAACAAGCACCGCCACAGUAUCGGGUCGUUACUGCUAAUACUAGAUCAGACUUUCAUGUGUCUGGACAAAAUUACGGCACCCAACCAGGGGGCCAAGUGGGCGGGGGAGGGGGUAGUGUAGGAGUACCUGGGGGCAGAGGACCUCCACCACUCGGCGGCUUACAGUCCAUAGGGCAAUCAGCAGCAGGUAUUCCACCAGGGGGUCCUGCUGGAGGACAAGCACCACCACAAACCCCAGCACCUGGGGUACAGUCACAACCGCCGCAAGGUCCGGCUCCUACUACAACCCCCCCCGUGCAUACUCCUUCACCUCAGGAAAUGGGAAAACAGGCCCAUUUGCAGCCCCAACCUCUGUCACAAGUAUAUGGGCCAACGCAGACAAGACCGACGUCACAAGGUUAUUAUCAAGGUCCGAGGCCACAACAACCAAGAGGCAUUAGAGGGGGGCAAGGGGGUACUGGUGCACAAGUAGUAGGAAUGUCAGGGGUUGGUGGAGGUGGAGGUCAACCAACUCCACUUUAUCAUCCAGGUGGUUUGCCAGUUCAAACUGGAACAAUGUAUCAAGUCCCUAAUCUUCACCCUGGCCCACAUCAGCAGUCCUUAUAUGCAAUGAACAGUCAAAUACCCCUUCAAGUAUUUAGUGGUCCACCUCAAAGGCAUCAAACGCAUCAAAAUCAAUCAUAUUUUCCACCAUUUCAACACUCUGCCAUUUUAACACAAAAUAUGUUUGGAUAUGGUGCGCCUGCACCAACUCCUCAACCUUAUUACUGGCCCACUGGCCAACCAGCAAAUACACCACUAAGUUUAAGUAGGGCAGGUACAAGUGCUGUUACUGGUGGGGCACAACAUGUUGCAGGCCCGCUGGCCGGUGCCCAAGGAGCCCCAGUAGUACCUCAAGGUACACUCCAGCAACCAACGCAACAGGCUCAGCCUUUACCCCCAAUGGGUAUAUCUCUUUCUCAGACUGAUGUGUACUCAGGUCAUAAUGGUGGUGCAACAAGUACGACAAAUAGUACAACAAAAUCUCGGAAACCAAGAGGACAAAAUGCUAUUACUGAUAUUGUAGACCCAUCAACUGGUAAAAAUAUAAGUCACGAAAUUUAUAAAGAUAAUGAAACUAUUCAAAGUGGUGAAUCUAGCAAUCGUGAUACACCUCAACCACAGAAUAAUGACGCUGAGGUGCAAGCCGACUUUGCAGCCCGGGUUGCAAAAACACUUGCGAAAGUCGCGACCGAAGAGUCCAGUUCCGACUCGACGGUACCGACUUGUGUACCAAACACAUCCACAACUCAAAAUGUAACACAAAGUUUAUCCAAUUCCCAAACAAAUUCUACUAACGAUGUGAACAGUCAGUCUAGUACCAGUUCACCAACAACACAAAAUGUACCUAAUGUAACCGCGUUAUGUAGUCAGUUGCUAGGUACUACUAAUAAUGUGUCUCAGAUAGACUCUUGUACAAUGAAAACGGAGUCUAAACCGUUGCAAAUUCCUGUGAAGGAAUUUCAACCUCGAAACGAAUCGAAAAGUGUGGUCAUUGAAGAACCACCACCAGCUGCACCGCGUAACGUAAACAAGGAUGAUAUUUCUGCGCAGUUACCCGCAACCAUUGUAACUGAAGUUGAAGUGAAGAAUACGAGUGCCACACCUAUUAUAACACAGACAUCAGUUCCCAUUGUGACUAUACCAAAUUCGAAUGUUCCGGAAGUCCCUAAACCGUCCAUCACUGCCCCAAGUGCUAAUCCUGUUCCUGUCAGAGAACCGUUCCCUAAUUUAUCCAACAAAAAUUCAUCAAGCUCACCACCUAGAAGAAAAUCUCAGACUCACACCCACAAUCAACCAAUUGCUACUGCUGUUGCUUCUACUACUGCAACUGAAUUGCCUUCGAGUGCCAAAGAACAGAAAGAAAAAAAGACAAGGGAAAAGAGUCUUAGUUCUAGAGGCACUACUCCUACACCUGCUCAUAAUCAAACAGAUCAUCAUCUGAAAGCCAAUGGUGAUGCGACUGGUGAUAAACCGGAAUCUGAACCUGCACGAACUGAAGUCCAGCAGCAAAAAUCAUCUGAUGGUAAAGCCAUGCAGAAACAAAAGAGUAAAAACAAGCUCAAACCCCGUGAACUUAACCGAAAAGGAGCGGAGAAAGAAGGUACAGAUAUGGAUGCUUUCGUAAACACCGUACCUCCGGCGAAACCUGAAAUAAAACAGGAUAAUAAAGAUCCUUUAACACCAAAGGACAGCAAUAAAGAAGUAAAUCGCGUGAUUACGAAAGAUAAUAAAGAAAAAGAUAGUAAUGAAUCGAAAAAAGAGAAGGAAGUUGCAACCGUUCAUACAAAGGCGGAAAAGCAAGUAACUCCUGUGACACCAGAAAUCGCGAAAGAAAGUAUUCUCAUACAAGCAUCUGCUAUAGAAAAAUUGUCAAGCAACAAAGAAACUGUAAAGGAAUCUUCCCCUAAAAUAGAGGAUAGUAAUAAAUCGAAUGUAUGUAAUAUACAAACAAAAUCAGUUCCUAAUGACGUUGUUGAUCAUGUGAAAGUUAAAGAAGAGUCCGACGUAGAAGCAAUAGUAGCACAAAAGAAUGAAGAGAACUCGAAGAUUUCGGCGAUUCGAACACUCAAUGAAGAGAAGUUGCAAACAUCUCCGGUUAUCGAAAAAUCAGCCGAAAACGAACUUCCAGUUCAAACUGAAACCACACCGAGUACGAAUCAGAUACAACUCAAGUAUAAAUAUAAAGACGAUCAAUGGAGUCCUAUUAAUAAAAGCGGUAAAAAGGUUUAUGACCGAGAGUUUUUAAUAAAACUACAGGACGAUCCCAACAGCAAAAUCAAACCGUCAAAUUUACCAGAUAUAGAUAUUGUUUUGAAAGAGGGUUUAAAGGCAAGGACGUUUGGCGAUCUUAGGCAAUAUAAAGAUUUGAAUAGACACACGCAAAACGACGCUCUAUUUCCUGGAUUCAUAAAACCGGUUAUAAAUGUACGAGCGCCACAAUUGCAUCGUAAUAAGAGCCAUUCAGGGAAAUCGUCAAAGCCAACGAAGCCAAAUGCUAUUCACAUGUCUUUAUCCCUUAGAGAAGAUGUAAAGUUAAGGGAAACUGAAAAUGCAUGGAGACCAACGAGAUUAAAAACUUUAAAUCUUAGUGAAGAAGAAACAAAAACAGAAGCUCUUUAUAAAAGAGUUAGAAGUGUAUUAAAUAAGCUCACACCCCAGAAAUUUAAUACCUUAGUCGAUCAAGUACGUGCGUUAACUGUCGAUACUCCAGAACGACUGAUGGGCGUUAUCAAUUUAGUCUUUGAGAAGGCUGUUGAUGAACCAAGCUUCUCUGUAGCAUAUGCACUCAUGUGUAAAGAACUUGCUGUGAUGGAAGUCUCAGGUUUAGACAAAAAUUCAGAGAAUCAAGAAUAUUCAUUUAGUUUCAAGAAACUUAUUAUUAAUCGUUGUCAAAAAGAAUUUGAAAGAAAUCCAGUGAAUGAAGUGACAAGAACGAGUAAGCUUAAAGAAAUAGAUGAGUGUACUGAUCCUUUAAAUGUUUUGCAGUUAUCGUUUGAAGACGAAGAACGUAAAACGCGAAUAAAAUCAGUGGGAAAUAUACGAUUUAUUGGUGAAUUAUACAAACAAGGAAUGUUAACAACUAAAAUCAUGCAUCGUUGUAUAACUGAAUUGUUAAUUCAAAAUGAUGAAGAUAGUCUCGAAUGUUUAUGCAAACUAUUAACAACAGUUGGAAAAGAUUUAGAAAGCAGGGUAUCUCUAGAAGAAAUGCAAGAUUAUUUCAAUAAAAUGCAAGAUGUUGCACGACGAGGUCAUGGAAAAAUCAGCUCCAGAAUACGUUUUAUGCUGCAAGACGUUAUUGAUUUGAGAGCAAAUAACUGGAUUCCAAGACGAGAUGAGAGUAAUCCUAAAACAAUAGAUCAAAUUCAAAAAGAAGCAGAGUCUGAGAGAUUAGAUAGUCAAUUAAGUAACACUCCUUUGAAUACACCCCGAAAAGAUGAACGUACUAGUGACAGAAAACGAAAUCGUGGUGUUGGUCCAACUGAUGACAGUGGUUGGAGUCAGCCUAUUGUAAGAACAAGACACCCAUAUUCUGUUGAGACAGCCAAGCUUAAAAAUAAACCUCCUCCAAUGGAUGAUCUGCAAUUAGGAAGCAGAAAUAUGUAUAUGUGGAAAACGCCUUUGAGUUGUAGUUCAAAGGCGAUAAAUUCGAAUAAAUUUGCAUGCUUAGAAAAUGUAUCGACUUCAGAACAAGAGAAACGAAUGACAUCUCCACAAUUCUCUGGAUCAAGAUCUACUGGUCCUAGAGAGUAUGGUCGUGACUACAAACCUUCCUAUGAUGGUAGGAGCUCACGCAGUGGUAGUCAUCAAUUAAGCAGUUCUUCGUCAAGUAGAGAAAGCUCUUUAUUAGAUAGUUCACAAAGUCAAAGCGUUUCUAUGCCGCCAUCAUCAUUAAAGUCCUCGCAAUCUACCUCUAGCAGUCAUAAACCUCCGAUGACAGACGAAGAAUUUAUGAAAACAUUACACAAGAUAAUGAAAGAAUAUUUAAAAAAUUCUAGCCUUGAGAAAAUUUCGUUGGCUAUUCAACAGAACUUCGAUAACGCAUUAACAAAAUUCAUGCGUGAAUUGAUCAACUUCGUUCUUGAAAAAUCACCUGUUGAAAGAGAACGCAUAUCGUAUCUUUUGUCGCAUUUAAUCACUCAAAAAAUUUUACCUAUACAUCAUUUCAGAAAUGGAUUCAUUGAAAUAUUGGAACUAGUUGAUGAUCUUGUACUCGAUAUACCUAAAGUUUGGUCAUAUCUAGCAGAGAUACUAUCAUAUCCAAUAGAAGAGGAAAUAAUUCCUCUAACUGAAUUGAAACCUAUAUUUGAUAGCUUAAGGAGUCGAGGAUAUGUAGGCAAACUCCUUGGCGAACUCUUAUCGAAAUUAUCCCGAAGUAAAGGACCUAAGUGGGUUGCAGAUAAAUGGGACCAAACAGAAUUUCAGUUGAGCAAUGUCAUUGAUACAGAACUUGAAAAAGUUGAUAAAAUCAUUAAAGAUUAUAACUUGGAGUUCUGCACUGGUGAUUACAAUAGUGCCAAAAGCUCAACUAGUAAUCAGCCCACAUUACAGCAAAUUCAUGAAGAACUUAGGAGACUCAUGAAAGAAAGUAGUUUCGAUGUAAUUUGUGGUUGGAUAAUUGUAAAUGUGGGUAAUCGAGUCAAGGAGCCUGAAUUCAUUCGAGUAUUAACGACUGCCAUUUUAGAGACGUCCAUGGAACCAACUAACAACAGGUGGGGUUUACGAAACGAUAUUUUUACUAAUUUGCAACAAUUAAUUCGCCGUUUCGUCGAUGCAAAUGAAUCUCUAGAAUUACAAUGUCUUUAUGCAAUUCAACUUCAUUUGCAUAAUUUACAGUAUCCACACGGGAUUCUCUUUAAUAUUAUGACAAAUUUGUCGGAAUAUAAUAUAAUUUCAAGCGACGCGUUUCUAACGUGGAAAAAGAGUCCUGAGCCAGCACAACGAGAAUGGCAUGGAGUUGCGACGAUGGCGUUAACAUCGUUUUUCACUGGUUUACAAGAAGUUGAUGAUACUUCCAGUGUAGAAGACGUAUCAACUAGCGUGAGCCAAGACCGUUGUUGACGAUGCCGUGAUUGAGUACAUUAUCGUCUGUUAAAAAGACUUAAAUACACGUUCCCUCGUUAAAAAAAAGAAAAAAAAAAAAAAACUACGCGAAGUGAGAUCAAAUUGCAGUUUUAUAAAGAAAA